CAUGGCGGAUGUUGCAGAACGCAAAGAAAAGAAGAAGAAAAAGAAGACUGAUGUUGGCGAAAUCCAGCAGAGUUCUUCAUUUCUUGUUGAACCAUCAGACAAGAAGGAAAAGUUAGAUACUUCUCAAUGGCCACUUUUGCUUAAAAACUUUGAUAAAAUGAAUAUAAGAACACAUCAUUACACACCCAUUGCAGCAGGCUGCUCACCAUUACAAAGACCAAUCGAUGAAUAUGUAAAGAGUGGCAUUAUUAACUUGGAUAAACCGUCAAAUCCUUCAUCACAUGAGGUUGUUGCUUGGAUAAAGAGAAUACUUAGAGUAGAGAAAACAGGGCACAGCGGAACUCUUGAUCCUAAGGUUACGGGCUGCUUAAUUGUAUGCAUCGAUAAGGCAACUCGUCUUGUUAAAUCUCAACAAAGUGCAGGGAAAGAAUAUAUAGCUGUUUUUAGUUUACAUAGCGCGGUCGAUAGUGUGAAGAAAGUAGCCAGGGCAGUAGAAACUUUGACAGGAGCCCUCUUUCAGAGACCUCCAUUAAUUUCUGCUGUUAAGCGUCAAUUAAGAGUAAGAACUAUUUACGAAAGUAAACUUAUCGAAUAUGAUAAAGAGAAAAGAAUUGGAAUUUUGUGGGUAAAUUGUGAAGCGGGAACCUACAUUCGUACACUAUGUGUUCACCUUGGCUUGUUAUUGGGAGUUGGUGGACAAAUGGUUGAAUUGCGAAGAAUAAGAUCCGGCAUUCAAACGGAACAGGACAACUUGGUGACUAUGCACGAUGUACUGGAUGCUCAAUGGUUACAUGAUAACCGAAGAGACGAAAAUUAUCUACGAAGAGUUAUAAAACCAUUGGAGUGUUUAUUAGUUGGACACAAAAGAAUUAUUAUUAAGGAUAGUGCCGUUAAUGCAGUAUGUUACGGUGCAAAAAUCCUUUUACCUGGUGUUCUACGUUUUGACGAUAACAUUGAGCUCAAUGAGCAAAUCGUUAUCGUCACAACAAAGGGAGAAGCUGUGGCGUUAGCUAUCGCUUUGAUGACCACUGCUGUCAUGAUAACAGUUGAUCAUGGAAUCGUUGCUAAAAUCAAGCGGGUUAUAAUGGAAAGAGACACCUAUCCAAGAAAAUGGGGACUUGGUCCAAUUGCUUCAAAGAAAAAAAUGAUGAUAAAAGAUGGUUUAUUAGAUAAGUAUGGGAAAAAAAAUGAAAAAACUCCAAAAGAUUGGAUUAGUGCCUAUCAUCAAUAUCAGGGAGACAGCAAAAAAGAUGAGAAAGAAACGCCCGUUUCUACAGAAUCGGCCAAGAGAGCGGCUCCAUCAAGUAGCUCAUCGUCUAGUUCGGAAGAGGAGAAGAAAAAGAAAAAGAAAAAGAAGAAAAUUAAGCUUGAUAAAUCUUCUGAUGAGGAUGAAACGCCGAAAAAAGAGAAAAAGAAAAAGAAGAAAAAGCAGAAAAAGGACAGUGAUGAUUCGGAUUAG